AUGGGGAAGGCAGAUUUCCUCACCCCAAAGGCGAUCGCUAAUCGCAUCAAAUCGAAGGGUCUGCAGAAGCUGCGAUGGUACUGCCAGAUGUGCCAGAAACAGUGCCGGGACGAGAAUGGCUUCAAAUGUCACUGCUUGUCAGAAUCUCACCAGAGACAGCUGCUGCUUGCUUCAGAGAAUCCCCAACAGUUUAUGGAUUAUUUUUCAGAAGAAUUCCGCAAUGAAUUUUUGGAGUUGCUGAGACGGCGAUUUGGUACUAAACGUGUUCACAAUAACAUUGUUUACAAUGAGUACAUCAGUCAUCGAGAGCAUGUACACAUGAAUGCCACACAGUGGGAGACACUGACAGACUUUACAAAAUGGCUGGGAAGAGAAGGUUUAUGUAAAGUUGAUGAAACACCUAAGGGCUGGUACAUUCAGUACAUAGACCGGGAUCCUGAAACAAUCAAAAGACAGCAGGAGCUAGAGAAAAAGAAGAAACAGGAUCUCGAUGAUGAAGAGAGGACUGCAAAAUUUAUCGAGGAACAAGUUAGAAGGGGCAAAGGUGAAGCAGAGCCGGAAGUUCCUGUGUACACUGAAUUAAGUAGAGAAAGCGAGGAAGAGAAAGGUAGUUUUUUUCUGUCACAAUCAAUGUCCUUAAUUCUUUGCUUUAAUCAAUAG